GGGUGCGAUGCUGAGAAAGUGAGGAAUGCCUUUACCUUCAUUCCCCCGCAAUCUUCCUACGCUGUGGAGACGGAGGUAGAGGACGGCGAGAGUGCACGAGAAGCGCCGGAGGGGCCUUGCAAGAUGUCGUACCUGAUGGAGGGCCUGGAAGGUUCUGAGCUGUAUCGGCGCGCAGCACAGGCCUCUGAGGUGCACUUCCUCACAACCAGGAAUGGGAACCGGAUUCCGAUGGUCUGGCUCCGACGAGAGAAAGUCAGUCCAGCGCGGGAGGCCCAGAUUGCGGAGGCAAGCGAGCCCCCGAUCGUGCUUCUCCAUUGCCAUGGCAAUGCGACCGACAUAGGGAUGAUGAUGGGCCCAUACUACGAACUGGCCAAGGUCCUGGGAGUGGAGGUCUGUGGUGUGGAGUACAGCGGAUACGGCGCGUCCUCCGGAAGGCCCAGUUCUGGCAACAGCUACGCAGAUGUGGAAGCCGCCUACGAAUACCUCGUGGAAAAAAGGGGCCUCCCGCCCAAGAGGAUCGUCGCAUAUGGACAAAGUGUAGGCAGUGGCCCGGCCACCUCCUUGGCCUCAAAGAAGAGCCUGGGUGGCUGCAUCCUUCACUCGCCACUGCUCUCCGGCAUCAAGGUAGUGGACCCAAAGCCGGACGCCUGCUGCCGGCCCAGCUGCGUGUGGAGCUGCUUCGACUUCUACCCCAACGACAGGCGAGUUCGGCACGUCACGUGCCCCUUCUUCGUGAUGCACGGCCAGCGCGACGACAUCAUCCCCUUCUACCACGGGCUUCGACUGCACAAGGCGUGCCCCAAGCAGCACCGCUGGCCGGCCUAUUUCCCGACCCGUGCAGGCCAUAACGAUCUGGUGGAGACCGACAUGCGCGCUUACUUCGGCGAGGUCUCCAGCUUCCUGCAGGACGUGCGUCGGAUUGCCUCCGGCCAGAAGGUCGAGCCGCCCUUCGAGAAACCCCCGCAGGUGGAGAUGUCGGAUACCUCCGCUCCGCAAGGCAACGGCUCCCACGAAACCGUGAAGGUUGGCCCAGAGGACGGGCGCUAUCGGCAGAUGCGCCAAGGCAACGUCUUGGUGCCUGGUCGUGGGCAAGAGGGUGAAGGGCAAGCAAGAGAAGUGGCGCAGUAA